GAUAAGUUUUUUUUUCUUUGCCCACAGUUUUCGGCCCCGCGGCGGGGCAGGGGGAAACGGAGACCGUAUGAUGUGGAUCUGGUACCUUCUGCUGGGUUCGGGGUCAGGCUCAAGAACUGUUGAGAGCCAGUCGCUCCCAGGGAACAACUUCACCACAGAGUGCAACAUCCCUGGAAUCUUCAUGUGCAGGGAUGGGAAGUGUGUCCCAGGCGGCUGGCAGUGCGACGGAUUACCUGACUGCUUUGACAAGAGUGAUGAGAAAGGCUGUCCUAAGGUCAAGUCAAAGUGCGCCCCAACAUUCUUCGCCUGCGCUAACGGUGUCCACUGCAUCAUCGGGCGCUUCCGAUGCAAUGGCUUCAGUGACUGUCCUGACGGGAGUGACGAGGAGAACUGCACGGGCUCUGAGUGCUCGGGGACUCGCUUCAAGUGUCGGAAUGGCCACUGUGUGGACCGCAGCUUCUUGUGUACGGCCAGGACAACUGUCAGGGACAACAGCGAUGAGGAGCUCUGCCUAACUACAGCGGAAGCUCCGGGGCAGGGCUUUGUGACUCUGGACUAUCGCCUGCGCUACUACCCCAGCAUCACGUACGCCGUCAUUGGCAGCGCCGUCAUCUUCGUCCUGGUGGUGGCGUUGCUCGCCCUGGUGCUUCAUCACCAGAGGAAGCGAAGCGUCCUGCUUCCCAGAGGCGUGAGGGGGAGCUCGUACCACCACCACCAGCCCCUGCUGCUGUCCCGUCUGGUCAUUUUGGAGCGGGGCCACGUCCAUCCCGGGGGUCCAGGCCUCUCCCCCGGCUCCCCCACCGUAGCGGGCCAGUACAGCUCAACUCCUCAGGCACUACAUCUGCUGUCUGGGACCCUUUAUCCCUCCGGACUGUCCAUGGACUCACCUCCAUCAUACUCACAAGCUGUUCUGGAUGUCAGUCGGCCUCCCUGGUUUGAUCUCCCUCCUCCUCCGUACCUCUCAGAAGGAGAGCUUCCAUCGGAGGGCGAGCUGCCUCAAUACGAGGGCCCACAGGACCCUUUGAGCUUCCCCACAACGCAUUUCUCUGCACCCUCAACACCCAGAACUGUGGCCUCAGGCACGCAGCCCACUUCCAGCUCCAGAGGGGAGUCGGAGCAGCCGUAGCCUCUCUGUUGGUUGAACUAGUCAGAACUCAGAGACUGCAGGACUGACGGAGCAGGCUGCAGGGCCACGAGGCCAGGACAGUUGCCCUAAACUCUUGGGCUGAUUGAAGCACUGGACUGAGAUGAGUUUAUCCUGCGAGACCAAUGUUGUGUGCUGGCUCCCCCUACUGAGGUCAGGGCUGCACUACACCCUCAUCUGUUAGUUCAUUUAUUUCUCUACAGUUGGCUUCAGUUGACGUGCACUCCCCUUGGAAAUAUACUCUGUAUGAUACAUUACAGUUACCAUAGCCUGCAUCUCUAAAGAGUUAAACUUACACUUAUUAUGAAGAUAUUCAUUAAACUAUCACAUAGAAUGGUAACUGAAAAGGUUGUUGUUUUUUAUAGUGUAGUUUAUGGAGUGGUGUUAUUCUCCAGGUUAACUCACUUGGAAAGCACUUACAGCGCCAUGCACCAUUUUGCAAUACUCCUUACCAUACUUCACAUUUCACAUCCACAAUGUUUUCCAUAGUGGGCUUUAUAAGAGAUUUGUAUUGUGUUAAAGUGGACCUAUUGUAUUAUGCUAUAUUGGACAAAUAUAUUGUAGGGCCAUACCUAUACAAAACAUGUCUGUGAAGUUCUUUGCUUAAAAUACCAAACAGAUCACCCAUUGUAGCCAUGCCUCAUACUGCUCAUACCCCUCUGUUGC